AUGGAAGAAGACCUCGACAGCCCCACGGAUGUCUCACCACCACCGAGCCGUCAGAACCCCGAUCCCGCCCCAUCACGAAUCCCGAGGCCGUUGCCUCCGGCCGCCCUCCAGAACAAAGAUGGGGGCAUCGGCAUGGCCAUUUCGCGGCCGACGCAGAUUCCGCAAUGGCCGCUACCCGGGCCCAUCGCGAACCCGUCCCCGGAACCGUACCAACCUCCCCCAGGACGAGGACCACCACCACAACGGCCUCCUCGCCCGAGUCGAGUGCCUUCCAUUCUCGACAGCUCACGAGUGCAGGAUCACACUCCUGUCUUCCAAUACACACCGCAAAUCGGAAGAGAAUCGACGUUCAGCCAAGAUCCCUCAUCCGCACCACUAACCCCGUCGUCAAGACAUACGCAGUCUUCUCUGUCGUCUGUUGGAUCUAUUCCGGAUUUCCCACUACCAGCGGCCGCACCUCCCGCCCCCAUGCCGCCACCACCUCCGCCAGUAGCUCUGCCACGGCGAAGCGUUACUCUCGGGCCGCCACCUUCGUCUCGUCGCGGCGACUCCUCCUUUUAUUCAAAUGCUUCAUUCGUGUCCCCGAUUCCCGAGGAAAGCCCCCGGACACGGUCACAUACUUCUUUUGCUUCCAGCGCUGCUAUGCCAGAGAGCUGGGGUAGUCAGUCACCAGGAUUCAGCCCAGGAUACCCAGACGAGUUUUACGAGGACGAUGCGUAUUCCACCGAAGACGAUGAAAACAGCCACACGAGCAGAGCAAGUACGUCACAAUAUGGCGAUGUGGGAGACGAAAGCAAGCUGGUGAGGAGUGCCAGCGUCGGUAAGAUGCAAAAGCCGUCAAUCGUGAUGAACCGAGCCCCUAGUGGUGGAGAUCCUGUACCACAGGAGGUAUUCAGACCGACGCCGUCACCACUGCAAAACCAACUCCCGCACAGUCCCUUCGACAACGGCACGGGCUAUCUUGAAGGAUCGAGUUCCUCAGGGACCGUUCCUACGAUGGCAGCUACAGCAACCACUCCGUCACUAACAGCUGAUGCCAUGCUGGGUGCUUUUGCUGCUGCGAGCUCGACAGAUCCCGUUGAGAUGAGGAAAGUCACACCAUCGCCGCGGCCAUACAACCGCUUGUCGGCAAUCCGUCGCCCUCCGAAACUGGGUCUCGAUAUGAAUUCCGUUAGAGAAAUGGAGUCGAGGGGCAGUAUGACCAGCUUACCGGACUUGAUUAAACGCGCCACUCGCCUAGCCGCCCUGAUUGAUCGAGGACGUAGACCGGCUAGCAGGUUCGACAUGGACGGAGAAUGGCCAGAUGAGAAGGCUUUCGGGCGUGAGGGGGAGGUUCAAAUGGCCAACAUGUCGGCUGCCGAGAAACAUCAAUCCGGUCUGUCUGAUAUGUUGGCCGCGUUUCCACCACCGGCAACGACCCCCAACCCGCCCCAACGCGGCAGCUGGUUCAGACGGAACUCCAAUGGCUCAUGGCCUCUGGCACCGGGGAGCCGUGGUGGCACCCCUCAACCCAUCACUCGUGUGAUGGCGGCCAGAUCGUCACCGUUGGCCAGACUCGAGUCCAACAGUGACGAAGGAUCAAUCAAGCGGAAGAGGAAAUGCUGCGGUCUCCCUCUCUGGGCUUUCAUUCUCAUUGUUCUUAUUGUCUUGGGCAUCAUCGCUGCUGCCAUCAUUGUUCCUCUGGAGUUCUUCGUCUUCCGCAAAAAUCGGACAGGCAGUACCCCUACCACGGAGCCUGCGUUAGGCCAGUGCCAAAACCAGCUCAAGUGCGAGAACGGCGGCACCAACGUCAUUUCGCAAAACGUUUGCUCAUGCAUUUGCACAAACGGAUUUACCGGCCAGACGUGCACCGUGGCCGGAGCUACGGGAUGCACAACGACCAAUCUCACCGGAACUUCCUCUAAUAUCAAUAAUGUCACCCUCGGCCAGGCGAUCCCCCGUCUCCUCCAGCAGUCACAGACCAACUUUACCGUUCCGCUCGAUGGGACUGACAUUCUGGCCAAGUUCAACACGGAAAGCCUGUCGUGCAUCGCGCAGAACUCGCUUGUCACUUUUGACGGGCGCUCCAUGCGCCAGGGCACCACGACUGGAGCCGAUGUGGUCGCUAACGUGGGCGUGAACGCCGACAGCGUCCCCAUCCAAAUCAUCACGCUUCUACCCGGCCAAGCGACGACAAUCACCUUCAACUUCAUCGAGACAGGAGCCGUCAUUGGUCCAUCUGGCAAUAUCGUUGGAGGAUUCACAACUCUCACAGGCCCGUUUCGCGUUACCACCAUCCACGCUUCAAGCUCAACGAUGUGGGCCACCAUUCCCAUGAUGCCUACGCCAACGCCGCCGACAUCGAUUUCAACGGUACCGAUUACCAUGCCCACCAUCCCUCCAGCGACGUCUGUACCGCCAACGUCAACAAUGACCACGCCGACAACGACACAGGGCCCUCUUGUUCCGUCGGUCCCUGUAUCUCCGUCUCCGUCACCAACUCCCAUGUUCACCGUCACGGAAGAGACGCUUGACUUUGCCAGAGUUUCGGUUCUGCUCAUUCUGCAGCGGCAGAGUCUGAUGGCAGCUACGACGGCGCAAACGGUACUCCAGCGAUUCUUCACGCAAGCUGGUCAGGGUACUCGAAUGGCGAACGGCGGUGUUCCCAUCAGCCAAGCGCUGAACGUGACACUCGGUGGAGGCAACUCGGUGGACUUGGUUCACUUCCUCAUCACUAUUCCCGGCGGCGUGGUGGGCAGCAACAGCACAACCACCGCAUCAGCAUCAGGUGUUGUGGCUGCGGAAGGUAGUUAA